AUGAUGCUCAGAGAAACAAAAGUUGUGGCAUUAACAGUCUUCCACACUUUCUUGCUUGCAAUUUGUGCUGCUAAUGGAAACCAGACAUGCAGGCCUUCUUCUUGUGGAGAUAUUCAAAAAAUUAGCAACCCUUUCCGAUUGAAAGGUGAUCCGUCUGGGUGUGGUGAUCCUGACUAUGAAUUGGUCUGCGAAAACAAUCGUACUAUGGUAAACCUGGAGCAUGGGAAAUACUAUGUUGCCGAUAUCAACUACGAUAACUACACCAUUCGGGUAGUGGAUCCAGGGGUGGAAAAGGGCAACUGUUUCUCCGCUCCUCUGUAUUCCUUGACAAGAGAAAUAUUCCGUUCGGAUAAGAGAGCAUAUUUUUUGAAUCCGCAUGAAGCGACCAAUACCACGGUUUUGAUGAACUGCGAGCAGCCAAUAAGUGAUGGCAACUAUAUUCCUAUCACUCCUUGCAACAGAAGCAAUGUGACUUCAUCUUCCUCACAAGCAUAUGUUUAUGCACUAGUCGGCGGAGGAGACUCCCUACUGGUGAAUGAUAUUAAGUAUUCAUGCACCAUUAGCAGGACUAUUAUUACUCAAUUCUUGAAGCCCGGCAAUCUUUCAAUGUCAGAUUUGCAAGAAAUACUUCUUCAGGGGCUCGAUAUUUCAUUCUUGCUCUUCCGUUGCAAAAGCGAAUGCCAUAUGAAAGGGCCAUACUGCGAUCUAGAUUGGACCAAAAAUACUGUAAAAUGUAUGAUUAUGAAAAAUGUUUUUUAUUUUAUUUUAUUUAAUUGUUUUGCUUCCUACAAAAAGGCUCUUCAAUUUGGCAACUAAUGUUACUUGCUUAAUUGGCUUAAUA